CCCUAAACAGAAAAAAAUGUCAUCUGUCAAGUAAUGUGUCAAAGUUCACAAGUUUCUUUUAAUUCGUCCAUCAGAGGAAUUCGUUUCAAUUAAAUUUAUCUCCAAAUUUACUCCCUUCAUUGCUCUAAACUUGAAACUAUAGAAAUGGGUGGACAUGGCCAUGGACACGGGGAUCCUUACAAAGUUCCAGACGCAUCAAUUUACAAAGUUGAAGCUCCAGAACUAGUAGAGGUGCAAACAGCUUUGGCUCGAUUAGGCUUAAAAGAUCCGUGGGCAAGGAAUGAGGCCUGGCGAUACCUUCCUAAGCACGGAACUCAUGCUUCGCGUGCAAGGUUAUUCUUCACACGUGGUUUCGUGUGGGGUCUUGCUGCUGCUCUCAUCACAGUUGGAAUCGAAAAAGGUCUUUCCAGUGGAGAAGAACAUGGUCAUGGACAUGGGGAACAUCAUUAAUUAUAAAUAAAACAAAAUGGUCAUAGUUUAAAAACAUAGUUGUUGCUUUAAUAAUAAACUUAAUGCAGACUCAUUACCAGUCAA